CAUUAGACUCAAUAAAUGAUAUUAAUAUGUUUUAACAGAAAAUUGAUAACAUAAUAAACUGCAAGAUAAUCGUUUAUGACAAAAUGACUGUUUUUUAUCAAUAAAUGAAUCAGAAGAUAGUUUUCUUCAAUUCUUUCCUCCAAUGCAACUCUCAUAAAAACCUAAAGAAAAAGGUUAUUUUACUCUAUUAUUAUUAUUAAAUGAGUGAUAUAAAUAAAAUAGUUAUAAAACUAGCAAUGUGUUACUUUUUAUUGAUUAAAAUAUGUAUAACUCAUUCAAUAAUUUAGCUAUUUAGUACACCAAAAAUAGUCAAAAACUGUCUGUAAAAUAUACAAUACAAAAACCCCAAAUUAAAUAGCAUGUUUUAAGGAGUAGUUAAUGCAAAUUAUACAAUUUGUACAAUUUUCUCCUUCCGUUUCUCUCUGAUCACCACUCUUCUCCUAACGUCCACUACACCUCCCAAGCACACACAGCUUAGGACAAGGAACCAAAAAAAAAAAAAAAAAAGAAACAAACACACAGCAUAUCCAAAAAGAAAAAAAGAAAACAAGCCAGAGAAAGUGUUGGACAGAGAAUUCUCUUCUCCAUCCUCUGUUCUCUCUGCUUCCUUUUCAUUUCUAAUAUGAAAAUCAUGCAAAUCCCAGCUCUUAAUACAGAAAACAAGAACAGCCCGUUUUGAUCAAUAGAGAAUACAUGAUUCUUGAAUCAGAAGUUGCCCAUUUUCUCUUUUGAUCUCCUGUGCGGGAAAACAUUUUCUCGCGUAUUCUGCUUUGAUAUUGCAUUGUUUUAUCUUAGAUAUGAACCGCAAUGUCCAUAUCUUCUUUUCUCUCUUUUUGUUCUUGCUCACCUUAAAUACAAUUCCAGUUUUAAGCAAAGAACCAGAUUCUUAUGUCCUCGCUUGUGGCGCUUCAAACGCUGGCACCGAUGGUGACGGCAGGAAAUGGGAACCUGACACGAAAUACGUCAAGUCUUCAGGUAAUUCAAUAAUGGCAACAGCCGAUAAUCAAGACCCUUCGUUGCCAUCAACAGUUCCAUACAUGACAGGAAGGUUAUUCACAUCUGCAUUUACAUAUACAUUUCCUGUUCCUGCAAAGGGUCGUCUUUGGGUUAGGCUUCAUUUUUAUCCAUCAACUUAUAGCUCUCUUGAUCCUAAUAAUGCAUAUUUUUCUGUUACUGCAAAUAAACUCCAACUUCUCAAGAAUUUCAGUGCUUCCAUCACGGCGAAAGCUCUUACAAUGGCCUAUAUUAUUAGAGAAUACUCUUUGUCACCCAUUGAAUCAGGCACUCUCAAUCUUACAUUCACACCUUCUCAAGAUCAUGAUGAUGCAUAUGCUUUUGUUAAUGGCAUUGAAGUAAUUCCAAUGCCGGAGAUUUAUCAGUCUGCAGGUAUGGUUGGUUUUAGUGAUCAAAUGAUUGAUGUUACCACCUCUUCUAUGCAAACAAUGUUCAGGCUGAAUGUUGGUGGACAAUUUAUUCCUUCAACUAAUGAUUCAGGCCUUACAAGAAUAUGGUAUGAUGAUACACCUUAUUUGUUCGGUGCUGGUGCUGGUAUAACCAAUCAAGCUAAUAUCAAAAUCCAAUAUCCUACCCAAGAAUUACCUAAGGCUAUUGCACCCUAUGAUGUUUAUAGUAGUGCAAGGUCAAUGGGGCCAGAUUCGAAAGUGAAUAUGAAUUUUAAUCUCACAUGGUUGUUUGAUGUUGAUGCUAAUUUUACCUAUCUUGUAAGGUUCCAUUUCUGUGAGUAUGAGAUGACAAGGUCUAAUCAGAGAGCAUUUAAUAUUUAUAUCAAUAACCAAACAGCACAAGAGGGUGCAGAUGUGAUUGGCUGGGCAGGAUCGAAAGGAGUUCCUAUAUACAAGGAUUAUGCUAUUCACGUUGGUGAUCAAAGUGGGGAUGAUGAAUUAUGGGUGGCAUUGCAUCCUAGUGUAGAAUUGAAGCCUGAAUAUUAUGACGCAAUCUUGAAUGGAUUAGAGAUAUUCAAACUUAAUGAGCCUGAUGGGAAUAUGGCUGGCCCGAAUCCGGUGCCAUCAGCAAUGAUGCAAAAGGCAGAAGAAAAGAAGAGUUUUAAAUCGUCAGGAUCAAAUGGUCCGGUAAUUGGUGGGAUUGCCGGUGGGGCUGCUGGAUUAGCAAUAGCAGCUAUUAUCUCAAUUUUUGUCCUGAGAAAGAAAAGGGGUCUAACUGGAAGUCAAUCUGGAAGUCAUAACUGGUUGCCUCUCUAUGGACAUUCCCAUACAUCAGGAAGCAAAUCAACAAUCUCAGGCAAAAGUACUGCCAGUAGCCAUCUUUCUACUCUUGCACAAGGUCUAUGUCGCCAUUUUUCAUUGCCAGAGAUCAAACAAGCUACAAAGAACUUUGACGAGUCCAAUGUUAUUGGAGUUGGAGGAUUUGGGAAGGUUUACAAAGGAAUUAUUGAUCAAGGAACAAAAGUUGCUGUUAAAAGAUCAAACCCAUCUUCAGAACAAGGAGUUAAUGAGUUCCAAACUGAAAUUGAGAUGCUUUCCAAGCUUAGGCACAAGCAUCUGGUGUCUUUAAUUGGAUUUUGUGAAGAAGAUGGUGAGAUGGCCCUUGUUUAUGAUUACAUGGCAAAUGGCACUCUUCGAGAACACAUUUACAAGGGCAACAAGCCAACCUCUUCCUUGUCCUGGAAGCAAAGAUUGGAGAUAUGCAUUGGUGCUGCAAGAGGACUUCACUAUCUUCAUACUGGUGCCAGGUACACAAUCAUUCACAGGGAUGUGAAGACAACAAACAUUCUCUUGGAUGAGAAAUGGGUGGCGAAAGUUUCCGAUUUUGGCCUGUCAAAAACCGGUCCUAAUCUUAAUAAUCAGAGUCAUGUUAGUACAGUGGUAAAAGGAAGCUUUGGAUACUUGGACCCUGAGUACUUCAAAAGGCAACAAUUGACGGAAAAAUCUGAUGUAUACUCAUUUGGAGUAGUACUAUUUGAAGUACUGUGUGCUAGGCCAGCGCUCAAUCCUAACUUGGCUAAAGAACAAGUUAGUCUUGCAGAUUGGGCAUUACAUUGCCAAAAGAAGGGAAUAAUUGAGGAUCUAAUUGAUCCGCAUAUUAAAGCUGAUAUUCAACCUGAGUGCCUCAGGAAGUUUGCGGAGACAGCAGAGAAGUGUUUGUCUGAUCAUGGAAUCCAUCGUCCUUCAAUGGGCGAUGUGCUGUGGAAUCUUGAAUUUGCUCUCCAAUUGCAAGAUAAUCCUGCUGGAGCGAAACUGGUUUCAGAAAACAAAGGACUUGACACCUAUGGUAUGAACAGACAAAUGCAUAGCAUUGAGGAGGAGAGUUCAAUAAGCGAGGAUACUGAUGAUCUCAACAAUACUGAAAUUUUUUCACAGAUAGUGAAUCCAAGAGGAAGAUGAGAAAAAUUUGUGCUGCUUUCAGUUUGCCAUAUUAAUUUUUUUUUUCCUUCUCAGUUCCUUCUUCCUCCUUGGAGCUACAAAUUAAUAGUUAGGCUCUUGAUGAACUUGCAAACUUUUAUGUAACUUCUAAGUUUCUAUGUUCUGCUCUGCUAUUUAAGCUUCUUUCUGGCUUGUAUUCUUCUUGAUUUGCCUCAGUUUAUUUUGCAAUGGAUCUUAAUUAUGAUGUAAUAACUACAACACAUUCAUCUCCUAUUUCACUGUAAAUUCUACACGAGAAGAGAAAAAAGAAAAAAAAUCCACAUUUAAUAGCUAA